AUGUCGCUGCAAGCCGUGGGCUGGCUUAGCUCUAAACUCGGCAUCAACAUUGAUGGGCGCACCGAUGCGUCGGAGGAUAAGACGACUGAAGCCCUCUCCCACCAUGCUUUCGCUGGCACGGCUGCCAAGUUUGACAUGUGUCUGCACAAAAUCAAUGACGCUGUCUUUGGUCGUGAUAAUGAGAAUAACGCCAGCAGUGGUGGCGGUGGCGAGAGUGUCCUCGCCGGUAUCAACACCAGCAGCCCCGGCAACGGGGACGAGGUGGAGCUGGAUGAGAACGGCCUCCCCAUCUCCAAGAACUGGUACUACUUCGAUAAGGAGCUGAACCGCUGGAACGUGAGCCCCGACGCUCCGGCCCACAUCAAGCAGGAGUACGAGCAUAGGCUGAAGGAGGAGGAGGACGAGCGGGAGGGGCGCAAUGUUCCUCCGCCGCCACCGCCACCACCGCCACCAAUGUCUAUGCCGGGUGGACGGGCACCGAUGUAUGCUAGCAGCGGCCACUUUCCACAUGCUGCGACGCCGCAGCAGGGAGUGGCGCAUCCGCAGGGGUUGUUCGGCACGCCGUCAGCGGGAGGGCAUUCACAGCACCGGCCGCAGUACGCCGUGCCAAACUACUUUGAGACAGCCAAAGCCCCUAUGAAUACGGCGGAGGCGCCCCAAUUCGCACAACAGCAAUCUCCUCUUGAGCAGACACUGCGGCAGCAGCAGCCGCAGCAGCAGCAGAUGCCACCGCCGCCGACACAGUACCAGCAGCACAUGCAGUACCACCAAGAGCCCCAGCAGUAUCAGCAGCAUACGCUGUUUCCACAACAGCACUAUAAGGAGCAACUUCCGUCUCCAGGGCCACAAUUCUUGCCUCCUCCGCCAAGAAUGGGCUACACAUCGGCGGCACAGAGUCAGGCUCUUCCGUCUCCUAAUCAAAGUUCUCUACCAAGUUAUCAGAUGCAGCGUCCUUUAUAA